AAGUCGGCGGAAGACAGGAUGACGUCAAUGGCUGAGCAGAAGUGUCAGUCAUCAGUCAUGCUCAGCUUAGCUGUCGGCAGGAUUUCGGAGGUUUUACUCUUGACUUACAAAUAAAUGAAUGUUCUCGUUUUCUGUGGACUUCUCCUAUCAGUGCCGAGUGAGACAGACAGUUUGGUCGCGGACAAGUUGUUAUCACAGAGAUUCAUGUCCGUGUUGUUAUCAGACAUCAACCACAUUCUUAUGACUUCAGUCACACUUCUGCAAGGUGCGCCGCUUUCCUUAAGUUCUUCCUGAUUACAGUUCAGAACAUGGCGUUGCCACAGAAGCGAUUACCAUAUGGAUUUCAUGCUACAGAACUGGCUGGUAUUCGCUGGGAGAUGCCGGUGCGAUACCAACAUUUGUCUCUUCUGGGCAGCGGAGCGUACGGUCAGGUGUGUUCAGUGGAAGAUGCAGUGACCAAAACAAAGGUUGGUAAAAAACUAGCACGACCAUUUCAGACAGAGAUAUUUGCUAAGCGAUGCUACAGAGAAAUUUGCUUGCUACAGCACUUUAAUCAUGAAAAUAUCAUUAAUCUUGUGGACUUGUUCACCCCUGACACAUCAUUUGAGAGUUUUUCAGAUGUAUAUCUGGUGACAGGGCGGAUGGACUCAGACCUGCAUGAGGUUCUUAAGAAUCAGACAUUGAAUGAUGAGCAGAUUCAGUUCCUUCUCUAUCAGAUUUUGCGAGGUCUCAAGCACAUCCAUUCUGCUGGAAUAAUUCAUAGAGACCUGAAGCCCAACAAUAUCGGAGUCAAUCAGAAUGUGGAAUUAAGGAUUCUAGAUUUUGGACUUGCACGGCCAUCAGCUGAUGAAAUGACAGGAUAUGUGGUAUGUCGUUGGUAUAGAGCACCUGAAAUUAUUCUCAACUGGAUGCAUUAUGACAGCAAAGUAGACAUCUGGUCUGUUGGCUGUAUAUUGGGUGAAAUGAUCACCCGAAAGGCUCUUUUUAAGGGUGUUGAUCAUAUUGACCAGCUCAGUAAAAUACUCAUUUUGGUGGGCAAACCACCAGAGGACUUCAUUCAGAGGAUUUCCAGCAGAGAUGCACAAAGCUACAUCCGUUCACUACCAAAUAUGCCUAGGAAAGAUUUCAAGAAAAUUUUUCCCACUGCCAAUCCCCUUGCUAUAGAUUUGCUGGAAAACAUGCUUGAUCUUGAUCCUUGUCGUCGUAUUGAUGUGGAAUCAGCAUUAAAACACCCUUAUAUUGCACAAUAUCACGAUCCUUCAGAUGAACCUGUGGCUGCUAAGUUUGAUGAUUCUUUUGAGUCGCUCAGUUUAGAUAUUCAGGGAUGGAGAAAGCGUGUGUACAAAGAAGUGAUCUCCUUCAAGCCUCGCGUGCCUUGCCUAGAUUUUGCUGGCUAAUAGGCAGAGACAAAAGUGCCUACACAAUAAAAACCCCACCGGCCGAAUCGGCGAAGAAUGGUUUAGUAACUGAUGUAUUGAUAUGUAUUAUAUUGUUAUGAAGUCUUCACUGGGUGAGAUAUGUUGAAAUGUGUCUAUAAGAUAAUGUCUGGAGUAAAGGCUGUCUUUCAGGUCAUUUAACAAUAUACAUGUUACAUAAAAUUGAGUUUGCUCUGUGCAAGGGAGAGAUGAAUAAAUGGCUUGACUGUGUGUGCCACUUAUUAAUGCAUCUAUGUCACCACUCAAAAGCAGUUAAAAUAAGUUAGUGUAAUCAUUGCUGAUACGUGCUUUGUGGAGUUGACACAGCAAAUUUAACAGUUCGAGAACAAUAGAUAUGAAAAGAACAUAUGCACUUUACUGCAUAUAUAUUUUAAAAAAAAAUCAAAGUACUGAAGUCAUGUUGCCACCAUCCUUGGAUAUUCAAAAAUUUUUAUCAAGAGGUGAGAUUUGCAGCAUUAUGAAGAAACGAUAUUAGGCCUGAUAGUCCAUAGUCCAUGUAUGAACACUUUAUAGUGAGCUGUACAUAGAUUCAACUAUUAGAAAUAAAAUAUUAAUUUUUUCUCAGUGUACUUAAUUAUUAUUUCAAAUGCUUUCAAUUUUUAAAAUAAGCUUUAAAUACUGACACUGACGCACACUAAACACCAGGUCCUUCACUUAUUGACUGCUAAUGACAAAAUCAAAUUUAACAUGUUGUCAUUAUUUUCCUGAGCACCAAGAAGACUAUAUAUGCUCAGAAAAUAUUACUUUUUAUUUUGUGUGUGUGUGUGUGCGUGCGCGUGUGUGAGUGCAUGUGUGCUUACAGGAAUUGUGCCAAAAAUAUUAACUGACAGCUUCUGUUAAUGUGUUUUCACCAUUGUAAUGUAAAAAAAAACCUCUUUGCGGAUUCCUUAAUCUUCCUUUAAAAGAAUAAUCUAAUACUUAUGAACUAACCCUUACAUUAACCCAACAUGAUUCCUUGACAUGAAGUGCAGCUUCUUACUGACCUGAUCCCAUGGUUAUCACUGUGAACAAAUUCUGAGGUAGUUCAUAAAUGAUGCAUCAGAAAUGCCAGUUAGACAGAAUUUUAGUGAAAAAAGACAAAAUUUCUGAAGUUGUCUGCAAAAACUUGAGGUAAGACUAAGAAUAAACAUUUGGAAGACUAGGCACAUUAGUGUCACACUAAUUUUAUUUUGAUUACUAAGAUUAAUUUUAUUUGAAUUGCAACAUUUUAAGGGCAUAUGUGGGUACUUGAACAUUCUAACAUACCAAAUACCAGUCAUUUCUGAUGAUUCAUAGGCAGAUUUAAAAGAACAAUUGAAAAAAAAAACCAGUAAUUUUGCUGUAUCACUUUUUAUUGACUAUGGUAGCUUUCGAUAUAUCAAGAUAUCUGCAAUCUGGGAAUCCUUGAAGUGGUUAAGAAGUGACUGACAGUAUUCUCUGUCAGGAUGAUCUGCUUCUCUAACACAGUUAUCCAUGGGAUGUUUAGUUAAAAGUGCUUGUCAGUUGUACGAAAAGGUUAUAAAGAAAUGUAGCCUCA